UUCGCUGCGAUUUCUACUUUGAUUCUGUAUCUCUCGCCCUUGUCCUGUUUUUGUAGUCUAUAAUUUUGACCGAUUAAGAAGAUAUUCUUAUAUGUGUAUCCAUCUGGGCGGUGCUACUUUGUAACUCCAACAUAUUUCAAACUUGGUGAACUUUGAAGGCCGUUUUCUUUCAUUAGAAGCAACCAGAUUAAAACCCUAUUUUGAUGGAGCAUUCAGUUGAUAUUAAUGGUCAUGAUUAUACCAUAAAUAUUACUAGAGGUGAUUCUUAUGCCACUUUCAUCUCUGAUGAUUUAACCUAUAAUGGCUCGAAUGAAUUACAUAGUGAAGUGAGGGCAUCAAGAGACGUCGAAGGUUCUGUCUCUCGAUCACCUUCACCAAUCACUGCCUCUAGUUUUAGAAAUGCUUUUCUUACUGGAAGACGAGACAGUCGUGGCCGUCGUCAAAGAAGUCUUCUCAACUCUGGUUUGUGGAUCUCAAUUGAGCUGAUUGUCAACGUGUGCCAAAUUUUGGCAGCUAUCAUUGUUAUAUCCUUGUCACAGAAUGAGCAUCCACGCGUACCAUUAUUUGCUUGGGUUAUUGGUUAUGCAUUUGGUUGUGCUGCUACACUUCCACAUCUUUAUUGGCGCUAUAGCAACUUCAAUAGUCAAGGAUUUGACCAAACAUCAUCACAAUCACAGCCGUCUUCAUUCCAGAAUAUAUAUUCUGAAUCUCCUUCAAACACUGUAGUUUCUUUUACACAGAAUACGGAAGGAAGUGGAACCCCUGGUACUGCUGUAUUCUCAAGGCUGAAUGCUUUGGUUGAUCGUUUUAAAAUGGCAUUGAAUUGUUUCUUUGCCAUUUGGUUUGUUCUCGGUAAUGUAUGGAUUUUUGGUGGACACUCCUCUGCUGCAGGUGCGCCAAACUUGUACAGGUUAUGUAUAGCUUUUCUGGCAUUCAGUUGCAUUGGGUAUGCCAUGCCAUUUAUCCUGUGCGCAACAAUUUGCUGCUGUUUCCCUUGUAUAAUUUCUUUCUUGGGCUUUAGAGGGGACCUAACACAUACCAGAGGAGCUACAUUAGCAUCGAUUAAGGCUUUUCGUUCUUACAAAUUCAUUUCAAAAAGAAAUCUUAAUCAAGAAUUAAGUCAAAUCAUCUCUAAAACGCAUGAUGGUGGGAUAUUGGCUGUUGGUACAGACAAGGAGCGAUUAAUUUCUUUUGAUGAUGCUGUUUGGGUCUCUAACGAAAGUGAGAAUCCUUGGCUUACGUUGUGGCAACUGCAUAAGAAUGUGGCUUUUCAUUUAAAAAGAUGUAACAUUGACACUUUUGGUAAUGUUCACUCUAGGGUUCUAAAGGCCCAACAAGAGGUGGAUGAUUUAGAAGCUCAGGUGAUUGCUACUCCCGAUCUCGUGUCUAAACUAGCGGUUGCUCACCACACUCUUUUAGAGGAAAUCUCUAUUGAGGAAGAUUUCCUCAGACAGAAAGCUUGUGCUAAUCAUUUCAAGAAUGACGACAGAAAUGCCAAAUAUUUUCAUGCCACUAUCAAACAUCGCCGUAACAUAAACACCAUCAUCAAGAUUGUUACCGACGAGAGAUCCAUUCUUACUGAUGCUGAUCAGAUUGGCUCUAAUGCAGUUGAUUAUUUUUCUUCUCUUUAUGCUGAUACUCCACCCAUCACUGAUAUUAGCUCACAGAAGGCUCCUGGCCCCGAUGGUUUCACCUCCACUUUUUAUAUUUCAUGUUGGGACAUUGUUAAGAAUGAUGUGGUGCUGGCUAUUCAAAGCUUUUUUCAGGGUGUUGACCCUACAAAGUAUUUCUCUGCUGCUCUGAUUGUUCUCAUCCUUAAGUCUACAGCUAAAUCACACUGGAAGGAUUUUAGGCUCAUAUCAUUAACCUCGGUCAUAUCUAAAAUCAUUAGUAAAGUGAUUGUGGCCCGCCUCCAACCUCAUCUUCCUUCUCUUAUUUCUUCUCAACAAUCGGCCUUUAUUAAAGGUCGUGACAUUUCUGAUAAUAUUAUGUUGGCACAUGAAAUAUUACAGGAUCUUUAUAAAAAUUACAGGAGUGGUAAUCUGGUGAUCAAACUUGAUCUCAAGAAAACCUUUGAUAUCUUAAAUUGGGAUUUCAUCGUCAAUGUUCUCAAAGCUAGAGGUUUUCAUAAUGUCUUUCUUCUCCUUAAAUAUCUUGGGGUGAAUAUGAUAAGGGGGAGAAGGAAACAGGUGAAUAUAGAUGAUGUGAUUGAUAAAAUCAAACGUAAAGUGCAUGAUUGGAGAAAUGUUUUCCUUUCCACUGGGGGCAGAAUCUCUUUACUUACUAGUGUUCUUCAGAGUAUUCCUUUAUAUGCUUUGCAAGUGUUCAAUCCCAAGAAAAGUGCUAUUUGUACCAUGGAGAAGGUCUUUAAGAAAUUUCUUUGGGUGGGGAAUGGUGCAAAGAAAAUCUGA